UAUGGACAUGUUCGAAAGAUGUUUAUCAAAGAAAGAACUGAAGAUGAUAGCAAAGAACCUUAAGAGGAACGUAAUUCCGUACUUGAGGGCAGGAGCUUCUUCUCAUGCCAUCUCUUCCUCAGAGGACAUGAAGAUAUAUCUGAAGUCUCUCGAUUAUGGGCCCGUCAUGUCAUCUAAUAUGGUACAAUCACUAUUUGACGCUUAUCUUCCUGUUGUAAAUGGAAUUCGGAUUGAAGAUGCUAACACAUUCCUUCAAGAUGUGCUUCUUCCCGAGGCUAUUGUACAGGUAAUCCGCAAGGCAGAGGGUCUAAACUAUUUUAGAGCAUGGUUGUUCUAUGCCAAAUGCAAGUUGCAUUCCUGUCCGCAAUUGAACGUAUAAAUAAAACUGAGACACUAGGUUAUAUAGUUAGUUUGUAUA